AUGCCUAGAGAAGCCAAGGAGGCCUGUUUAAAACCACCAAUAAUUGCCUUUGCACUCACCGUCUGCUGCACUGUUUUAAAUCCACGUGGCAAAGAUAUUCGAUGUACCGAAGAAGUCAUUAAAAAAAGUUGUGCUAUUCUUCUAGCACAACUAAAUGCAAAACAGAUUCCGAGUAAAAAUGGUAUCAUGGAUAUUCAAGAUGACUCGAGAGAUGAAAGUAAUGUAAACGAUUAUGAUGAUAAUAACAGUGAAGUGCAUUCUGAGGAUGAUAUCGAUGAAGAUGCGAGAUUAUUUGA